UUUGUGGUCAGGCACCUAAAGGUGUGUGGUUAGCUAUCUCCAUCGUUGAGGUGCAGCUGUCUUGCUAUGAGUCUCAGUUCCAGACUAGGAUAAUAAUGGCUUGCUAGGCUGUUUCUCGCGGAGAGAGAAUGACCCCACAUUCCGAUCAGUUUUUAGUGUCUUCCGCACCGCAACUUCCAUCAUGAACCCGUUCGAAAUUUUCGCUGUGGUGUGUUUGGCUUUUUUGGCUUUGCCAAAUCACGACUCAGCUGUGAUCUGUGCCUCUUCAGAUAACUUGCAAUGUGAACCCCACCAGGUGGAGCGGCGCUUAAAGUUCACGCCUGGCCACGUGGGACCGGAGCUCAUUUCAUCCGUUGCCUCCAAUCAGCACCGAAGGGAUGCCGCACCUGCAGCAGCGGAAGCUCAGUGCGUCAUGCAGAGCAUUUCACCGUCAUCCUGCCAGAGAACGGGCGCAGUAUCAAAGUCUGAGAAGUGCAGUACCUCAUCUACACCAACAUCAACAACGCCUCCCACUAAGAGUAAAAAGAAAAAGCUGAAGAAGAAAUCCAAGAAGAAGAAAAAGAAAACUAAGAAACUGCCAGCGGUCAGCUCCAAGCAUCUGGUCAUGACCUCACUGCAACUAAAGACCAAUGAAUUAGCCAAGUAUGGAUAUGCAUCUGCUAAGGUCAAUGGCUCUCUCAUGUUGCCCAUAUACAUCCAGAAACCCAUGACACGUGGAAUGUGCUUGGCUCCUCCACAAACGACCCAGCAUUCACUGAUGCUGUAUAAUCCUCAGAAGAAGCCUAUUAAUAUUUCUCUAUCGCUGGGUGCAACCAGUCCCAGGCAGUGUGCUGUCAGGCGCCUGGUUCUCGACGAAUGCGGCUUCACUCUUAUCCUGCCGUCCAACACCACCAUGGAGCUGCAUCUUAAGUACACUCCUAAUUAUAGCCAGCCAAUCGAUGCUCAUGACAUACAUGUCCUGGAUAAGGCGGGCGUACGCUCUACGUACAGAGUGUCCGCUGUCCUACCAUACGAGGUGUCGACACAAUGCAAGACCUUUAGAGAUGCUAAGGAAAGCAAGGAUCGAGAGGCAAAGGCAGAUGUUGCAACAGAUGCUAUUCUCACUGAUCUUCUGCAUCAGACGCAUAUUAUGGUGGCCAUUGCUGUCGCACUUGUUCUUGUGGUAGCCGAUCUGCUAUCAAGGGGAUCACUUCACACAGCGUGCUUCACAGUGCUCGCACAUACCGCUCCCUUCAGGUUUUUCCACCGGCCGGCCAAGAAGAGGCCCAGGUACAAGCUUCCCAAGGUCAACCUGAGUGCGCAAGUGUCACGCGAGCCAAAGAGCAGCCCGGAGAGCGAACGGCCUGCCGGCGGUGAGCUUGGCAUGCAACACACCAACAAGAACGAAGACCACCGGGCUGUAGCCAGCAAGGUUGCCAAAGUCAAACCCAGCGUGUCAACAAGAAAAUCCCAGGACAUUGCCACUGCAGUAUUAGCAGCUGCACCUGCAAAGAAGUCCAGCAGUUCACGGUCAUCUCACGGCAAGGGAAAGCAGCACAGUGUUGUAUCGAGCGACAGCUCUGCAGCAGCCGCUAGAUCAAGCCAGAGUUCCGCGGAAAAGUCCGAGGUUUCGUUCAGAAGGAAAGCGUCUCCGUCGAGAAAAGCUAGCUCAUCAUCAAGCAAAGUCCAAACAGCCAUAGUUAAUCCUGUAUUUGUGGUGCAAGCCAACUUGCCAAGUAGCAUGGACCCAUCUGAGCCGCAACUUGUGGACACGGCCAUGGAAGAGUUGUCGGCGGGUCUAGCAAGCGUUGCUUCCGAGGAGCCGUUCCCACUUAAUUCUCUCUUUGUCUCUAGAGAUAACAGUUUUGACUCCAUGUACUCCCACACGGACACUCGUUCAAGUUUCGAAGAGGACGACAUGGCAUUCGGUGACUUGGAUGAUGGUGGCAAUGGAGUCAAUGAUAUGUUUUCCCUAGGUUUAGUUUCCCGUUCAUCAAACACCUCUACUGAUAGUGGAUGCCCAGAUGACUCGGAUGUUGAUCCACACAACUCCGAAUGCGUAGACGAAAAACAUGACGGGCUGCCUGGACAGAAGCAAAUGCGCUCUAAAUCGUGUUCACACAAAGACUCAAAUCCGAAGUGGGACUCGUCUUCACGCCACGAGCUGGGAAAGUCGCUCUCAUCACCAUGUGCCUCUCAACCAGGUCCUCGGGCCUUCAGUGAUUACAGUUUGUCAAAGAUACCUGAAUACCUGACCUCCCAUGUUCUCUUGACAGCAUCUAACCAAGACAUGGGCGGUGAGCGAAUGGACGGCACGUUUGAAGACCCAUCAUCAAACGAGCAACGGCUGACUCCUAAAUUCAUAUCUGUGUGCGAUGACGAUACCGACACCGCAGAGCUUGCCACCUAUUUUGAGGAAAAACUGGACGUGCAACAUGAUGAAAGCAGUAAGGCCUCCACACCAUCUUCACCUGGCGCCAUCCGAAGCGUUCGAGAGACUGUUGACAUCGCGCUAUCCAAGACUCUCGAGACGUUCGCCGUCCCACGCACACAAUCGCCGCUACUCCAAACCCCUCCCACCACUGACAAGGCCACUGAAAAGGAAGAAGGGAAGAGGACAGCAUGGAGUGACAGCUGUCAGCCAGAGCAAGAACUACACAAGCCACGGGGGCAGCAGCCAGAACCGACGGAACCGAAGCUGCCAGCACCGUCUCCACAGCCACCGAAGCCACUUCCAGUGCCUAAACCCAGGCCGCAGCCGCAGCACACAGCAUGGCCACAACAGCAGGCAACAGCAGAGCGCGGGAAGGAGCCUCUUUUGAGGCGCGGCUCUGGGCCAUUAUGCCCAGCAUGCCCAUCAUGCUCACCGACGGCUAUAACUUCCAGAAUGCUAGAUGCUCACAUUGCUGCUCGACGUCUAUCAGCAAUGCCAAUGCCAAUGGAUAUACCAAUGUCCAUGAAGUUGGCACAGCUGGCUGUGGAUCCGUUCUCUGAUGUUCAGGAUGCACACAUUAGCAUGCUGCGAAGGCGUCCCACACUGCCUCCUGCUUGGCGACCUGACGGGAUUGCAGCACGCUCACUUGUAAAUGUUCAGUAUGUACCCUGCUUACCCUUGCAGCACCAACCUCCAAUGAUACCUGCACCGGCGGUACCAAGAUGGGUCGGCCAUCCUCAAGCUGCAAUGGCGGCGGCAGCAGCAGCAGCGGCGGCUGGACGCAGUGGCAGCAUGCUGGAUUUGCCUCGCGGACUUAUCCCAGUACUUCCUUCAUUCUCUGGUGGUGUUAUGCCUGCAGUUGGAGUGCCUGGCAUUCACUAUCCAGCAAUGCAUGUUCCACUUGCUAUGCACCCAGCUUACUGUAAACCUAUGCAUACUGCUCCAUCAACCGCAUCAACACCUGCUCCAGAGGCGAACAAAGUUGAAGCCAAAGCUGAAGCCAAAGCUGUCCCAGAGCAGAAAGCAAAGAGACCCGUGGACAUUGUUCAGGAAAAGGUUGAUAAGGCUAUGGAGGAGAUGCAGAACAAUGCCAAUAACAUUGAGUCGGCCAUGUUUCUCUGGUCCGAAGAAGACUGGUCUGAAGAGAAAGUGUUCCCGUCAAGUCUGGAUUGUUUGCCUGGUGACUUAAAUGCGGCUGGAUUGUUCGUCAACGAUACUGCCGACAAGGAUGAUGAAGACAUCCCUGAGGUGGCUGAUGAUGACAGCCAAGAGUUUUAUGAUAGCCUCGCCAACGUCUCUCUGGAUGAUGGUGAUGGCGAUGACGAUGAUUUAUUGCGCAUGUGCUUUGACAGCAUCAAGCCAACUGGCCGCUGAUUUUUGGGUCCCUUUUUUAUCACUUUCCCCGUCUUGAUACGGAUUUACUCACCUGGUAAUGACUUGCACCACUGUCCUUUGUCCUGUCACUCUGUCUUCAUUCAACGUCCUGGCUUUCUUGUUCUCUACCGCCUGCCUCCUCUGAGGUGCUUUGUCGUUGGUGUUGGCGUCUACCUGAGCAUUUCCCCACCUGUUUUAUACCCUGUGACGGUUGGUUGUUGCAGCCAUGGCCGUCACAGGGGCUCCACCGUCACUUUUCAACCACCCAGACACGUGCACACCACUUGCCCAGUACUUUUUUUACUACUACAUGUACUGCCAGGUUGGUGCGUCUCGUGCCGCUAGAUGUGAAUAGCUGCUGUGCUGAAUUGCAUUCAGUUCGUCCAGCUCGUUCUCAUGUUCCUGCAGACCUUGAGUAGUUGGAACAUGCCAUACAUGUUUAAAAUUACAUUCUCAUGUCCCCCGUCCCGUCAUAGAAUUUAGAGUGCUGGGUGUAUAUGUAUUGGACACAUUAGCUUGACACCAGUGGCAUAUGCUUACUAGAUUUUUGUGUGCUGCCACACGAGGCUGCUACGCCAAAGUUUUUCUCACUGCCACCUCUGGCAUUUUAGUGGAUGUUGUCAAUGCUUUACUUGCUUUCAUUUGAUCACCGAUCUGUAUUGACACCAUUUCAGUAUUCAUAGCCGUCCCUUUCUCUCAGGGCAAGCUCUGCUAUCCUUUCGAUUUGUUUCUGCACGUGUAGUUCUUUCACCUGGUUUCAUCAGCAUAGUGUGUUUAUGCGUGCGUACUCUGAUCUCUAUCAUCUUUGCAUCUUUAGUUCUGCCUAGAUCUAUAGCAGUACAUUCUAGUUCGCUGUGUUCUUCAUCCCCUUCUAAAAUUAUCACCCCGAUCGUGCAGUAUAAUAUUAUAGAGUAAGUUCGACCUUAGUUAGUAGCACAACAAUCUCUAGCCGUUUAGAAUCGUGCGCCUGUUCUAGUCGUGGUAGCAUUGAAGCAGCACCAGCAUUAUAUCAGUGUGCCACCAUAUCCUUAUUCCUGCCAGUGGUGUUAUUCCGUGCACUGCUCUAUCAUUUCCAUUCAUUUAUAAGCAGAAUGAUCCUCUCAUUUUUCUGACUUGCCUUUCAAAGACUCUGAUCCCACUCUGUAAGUUGA